CGUUUUUUUUAAUCAACCGGUUUCGUCGCGAUCCUUUUUCGAUAUCCAAAGCCACCGCUUUCCCGUUGGAAGGAGAGCCGGAUAGCGGCUGGAGGUCUGCCGAACUCGUUCUCUCCCUCAAAUCUCGCUUUCUUCCUUCCUUCUUGGCCGAUUCUCCUUGACCUAAUCAAUGGUGGAGGCGAGCAAGCUAUACCCAGAGAUCGAAGCCCAAUAAUCCCAGACGUCGGAACCCGCGGCGGAUUCCGAGCUCUCGGUUUCCUCACCAUCGAUGGCUGAAGCUAGGGUUUCUGCUCCUCUCGCCCAGGAGGAUUCCCCUUGUUGUCCCCAGGUGGAGGUCUCUGAUUUGGAUGAGGAGAACAGCAACAGCUUUGCUCAAUGGAUCAAUGACUCCUCAAGUCAAAAAAAGGCUCAGGCCCCCCAAUGCAAUACAGACUCAGCUCCUCAAGUUUCUGGAGAUCGGAAGUUGGGAAAAUACUUUUACUAUGACUCACCUCUCUAUGAAGAGACUGGCAUUUGGAUACCUGUUUCGGUCCCCCCCAUGUCAGUGAUUGAUCAUGAGGAGUGGAAUAGGGGGUUCUGUUCCAAUGGGGCAUACUUCCCUGAGGGUGAUAUUAGUUGGGACCACUUUGCUGUAGAAGAGAAGGAGAUGACCAUGUGGGAUGUGGUCUCGGAGAUUGUACUUGCUGCCAGAGGCAAAAUGAAGGCCCUUCGUUCAGGUGAGAUUCAGUAUUGCAGGACGUCUUGGAUUUCGACCGACAUCCUUGGGCAAGCUUGGAAGGAGAUGGCACAUAUCCUCACAGAGGCUAAUUAUGGGAAUGCAAAGAAAAUUCUUGGUGCAGAGCCACCCAAAUGGUUGCCUGAUAGUGCAGCAUCUGCUUGCAUGCUUUGCAAUGUCCGUUUUCAUCCAAUCAUGUGCUCUCGGCACCACUGCCGGUUUUGUGGUGGAAUAUUCUGUAAUGAGUGUUCAAAAGGCAGGAGCUUGUUGCCUUCAAAAUUUCGAGCUGUGGACCCACAGAGGGUCUGCGAUGUGUGCUGUGUGCGGCUUGAGUCUGUUCGGCCUUAUUUGAUGGAUCAAGUUAGUCGUGCCUCUCAGUUGCCAACACACGAUCUGACAGAUCUUAGCACAUUAAGGUCAUGGUUGAACUUCCCAUGGGGACAGACAAUGGAGUAUGAGAUUUAUAAAACAGCAAACAUUAUUCGUAGUUACAACAAGGUGGGUUCGUUGAGACCCGAGAAGUCCAUUCCCAAAGCUAUUAUGAGAGGAGCAAAAGGUCUUGCAAUACUUACGGUUGUAAGGGUUGGAGUAAUGGUAACUUACAAUAUUGGGACUGGAUUGGUCAUUGCUCGUAGGGAAGAUGAUUCAUGGUCUCCUCCAUGUGCCAUUUCUUCAUUAGGUGUUGGAUGGGGAGCUCAGGUUGGUGGGGAGUUAACUGACUUUAUAAUUGUGCUGAGGACGGAAGAUGCUGUUAAGACCUUUAGUGGGAGUGCACAUGUAUCAGUUGGUGCUGCUCUUAGUGCAGCUGCUGGCAUUGUUGGACGAGCAGUUGAGGCCAAUUUACAUGCUGGUGAUGGUGGUUGUGCUGCUUGUUACACAUACAGUUGCAGCAAAGGUGCAUUUGUAGGAUGCUCACUCGAAGGAAGUAUGGUGACAACCCGCACCGCAGAAAAUUGCCGAUUCUAUGGUUCGUCAAUCAAGGCAGCUGAUAUUCUUCUAGGUUCAUUGCCUAAGCCGCCUGCUGCUUCUGUUCUUUAUCAUGCCUUAUCCGAUCUAUUCCAGAAACUAGAUAAAUAACCAGUUUGGGUUAUUUCUACAGAGUUGGGUCAUUUGUACACUUACACAAAAAAAAAAGAAGAAAAAAAAAACUGUUGCCUUUAAGAUCGGUCCAUCUGAGCCCAGAUUCUCUUGGUCCCGUCUACAGUUUCUAGUGUGUAAAUUAUUGUACAGCUAAUAAUUUUAAAAGAAGUAAUUCAUUUGUAGAAGGACACGUUUGGGAAUCGGCAGAACGCUUCCGAUGGAUCGACUUGCAUAUUUUGUAUACUGCACUGUUGCUUUGCAUUUCAAUUUAUGCUACGCUUGUUUUCAA